AUGUCUGUAGACACAGAUGCCUCUGAUGGACACACUGCAGAUGUAGCGGAACACCUAACCAGGUAUCACGAGGUGUUACACACUGUGUUUGGAUUGGCCCAAUUCAGAGAUCAGCAGCUAGAGGCAAUCAUCUCCAUUGUAGAGGGCAAUGAUACGUUGGUUAUUUUCCCCACAGGGGCCGGCAAAUCACUAAUAUACCAGCUGGCCGCAGUAUACAGCAAGAAGACAGCGGUCGUCAUUUCUCCGUUGAUUUCUCUCAUGGAUGACCAGGUGACCAAGCUUCGUUCUCUUGGUAUCACCGCAUUCACCGUUAACUCCUCCACCUCCAUGAAUACGCGGAUUCAAGCAUUCGAUAGGAUGCGAACAAACCCUGGGUCCAUCUCCUUGCUCUAUGUCACCCCAGAGACAUUCCGCCUUGAAGAGUUUGUGCAUCUUCUCAAAGCCAUGGUGACAAAUGGCAUGGUGGGCUUCAUUGCAGUGGAUGAGUGUCACGUUUUAACCGAUUGGGGCAAUACCUUUCGAUCUAGCUACCGUGGACUGUCUUCGCUACGCACAAAUUUUCCUGAAAUACCAAUCAUAGCGUUGACGGCAACAGCCACAAAGUACACGGCCAUCGACAUUGUCUCAUGCUUGCAGCUUAACAGUUCGUUUAAGCUCUUUAUCAGGUCGUUUGAUAGAAGAAAUCUCUACUAUCGUAUCAUGUAUGUUGGGCCCAAUUCGUCUAAGAUUGCGCUCCUUCUGGAUUAUCUUAAAAAUUAUCAAGCAUGCGUAGCAGGUCCCCGUGGCCUUGCUGCCUCGAGGCACACGCGACCUGAGCAAAGAAGUAGGCACAGGUCCUGUUCGGCGGAGUAUCCUAAAUCGCUUGGUGCAGUCAUAGUUUAUUGUUAUACCAGAGACGAGACAGAAGCCGUUGCUAGGCGCCUCGCUGAUGAGGGCUUUAAUGCGCAGCACUUCCAUGCAAAGCUUUCCCAGGACACUAAGAUGCAAAUUCUCAUGGAUUGGGUCAAGGACGAUUCAAGCAAGCAAACGUCAGAAGCUGGGGACCCCAGUGACAUGCAGAUAAUCGUUGCCACUAUUGCAUUUGGCAUGGGGAUAGAUAGAUCUAACGUCAGAUUAGUGGUUCACUAUAAUAUCCCCCGCUCCAUGGAGGGGUUCUAUCAGGAGUCUGGGCGAGCAGGGCGUGACUCAGAGCCAGCCCUCAGCCUUGUCUUGUUUGACAGCGCAGACGUAUCCGGCGCUGUCACACGUAUCCAGAGAGAUGGAUCCGAUUUUGAGUUGUAUUCUUUGUAUAGCUUCUUCUCCUUCUGCUUACAACGGAAGUGCAGACGCCGCGUUUUGUUAGAUUACUUCAAUAGUGGUGUUGAGGACCAUUCCACAGACCCAGCAUGGUGCUGUGACUUCUGCAGUGGACGGUCUCCACCGUUGACCACAGCUUAUUCAGACAUUCUUGAUGGUGUUGUAGGAAAGCUCUCCUAUUAUAAAAACGACAAGGGGGACAGGUUUUUGGGGUGUCUCAGCCAACUCUUAACCACUCAGAACGAUCAGGAACCGUCGUUGAAGCAGAAGAACCUAAAGGCACAGUGCCUCACGGUGCCCACCGAAUGCCCUGGUGUACAGAAGAUCGCAGCAUCUAACGCUCCUACUGACACACAACCACGAGGUGAUAACGUUCAGAAGUACGAGCGUGCAUUUCGAGCACAUAUAGGGAAGAUCCUACUUCACCUUUCCCCUGAGUUGUUAGCGAAGAAGCUAGACGAAGUUCAUCUGGCAAUUUCCACCCAAGCAAACGGCGAUGGUGCAACUAUAGAAUCAUGCUAUAAAAAGCUAUACGCAAAAACAAAGGCAAUGACCACAUAUCCGACAGAGGACAACAUCUACGCUUUGAUCUUUUCCUUCUUUGGAUUUACGUGCCUCUAA